AUGACGACUAACGGUGAAUAUUCAAAUGUACCACGACCACGAUUAUGUCAUUUACGACGAUGGCCUGACUUUAACGGUUAUGGAUUUAAUUUACAUUGUGAGAAGAAUAAGCCAGGCCAGUUCAUUGGUAAAGUUGAUCGAGAAUCACCGGCCGAAUCUGCUGGUUUACGCGAAGGUGAUCGAAUCAUCGAAGUCAAUCACGUUCCGAUUGGGAACGAAAACCACAGACAGGUCGUCGCUCGUAUAAAAGAAGGCGUUUCAAGAGAUGGUACAAAACAUCCAGAUGAAGUUAUCUUAUUAGUCGUAGAUCAAGACACAGAUGAGUAUUAUAAGCGUAAGUCUAUUGUUAUACGUAGUAAUGAUCCAAAUGUCGAAAAACUUGGAGUAAAAAAUCGGAAUACAUCAGAUAAUAGUGAUGACUCACCAGUUUCAUCGAACCGAAGUAUUGGUAAAGUGGAUUCACCAUUGAAUAGACAAAUCCCAUCACCAAUUCAACCCCGAACAAGUGAAAAUAGUCGACAAUACAAGAACAUGACAGAUUUGACUGGUCCAAAAAUUACCCCAACGAAAAAUGUUGACUCACCUACUACGUCGCGCACAUCUGAUCGCGACUAUGAUCGACUUGGAGAUACGUAUCUACCCUCAUCGCCUCCUUCAUCGGACAAGAACAAUCGUAGAGAAAUCCCACAGAAUAAUGCCUAUACGAAUAUAAAUUCGUCGCCAAAAUCUCCUCCACGUGAUGUGUACGCCAGACCCAUCACAAACAGUCCAGCGCGAACAUCAGCCAGUAGCGGUUUUGGUGGUGGCGUAUUAGAAACGACAAUGUCGGUAGCUGAGUAUCGAGCUAAGCUAAAAGAGCAACAUGAACGAAAACGUGACCCUCGGCAAAACCAACAAAUGACCAUGAAACAAAAGCAUGAACUGAUCGAUGGCCUAUAA